AGACUGCAGAGACUAACGGGACGUCGACAGGUCCGUUAUUUCAACCGCCCUACAACCACUUCCUACCGGCUGUUCGUGUGUGUGUAGACCGGAGCCAUGGCUAGCCGCUCUCUGUCCUCGCUCUGCCUGCUGCUGGCGCUGCUGCUGCCGCUGGGAGUCCUGUCUCAGGACUUUGACCUGACCGACGCUCUGGAUGAUGAUGGUGAAACAGUGACCCCUUCACCAAAGCCACCAAAGCCAGAAGCACCAGCAGGAGGAACAGGAGACUUUAACCUGGAGGAUAUAUUCAAUUCGGAUGGCACCACCACCACUACAACCAAAGCCCCACCCAAGGUCGUCCCUAAAGUCCCUAAAGUCCCCACAGGCACCAAGGCCCCGGUGAAGCCUAAUAACAAGCCAGCUGCAGAAGGCUUUGACCUGGCUGAUGCCUUGGACCCCAACAAUGACAUUGGUGGCAAGGAUAAGAACAAGGGGCAGGGAGUGGGAUUUUCUGACGACGAUCUGUUUGAUGUUGGCAAAGACAAAACCUACAAACCUGACAAAGGCAAAGGUGAACGUCCCAGUGGUGAAAAAGAUCAAAUAAAUCCUGACGACAACUCUGGGACUACAUCAGAAGUGGGCACCAUUGCAGGGAUUGCGAGUGCGGUUGCUAUGGCGCUGGUGGGCGCAAUCAGCAGCUACAUCUCCUACCAGAAGAAGAAGUUGUGCUUCGGUAUACAACAGAGCCUGAAUACUGACAUGGUGAAGGCUGAGAACCCCGAGGCCGUGGUGGCUACCGAACCACAAGUCCAACAGACCCUCCUGGAGCCCCCCAAUGCUGAACCCCCAACUGAAGAGAAUGCUGUGUAACACUCACAUACCACACACACACACACACACACACACACACACACACACACACACACACACACACACACACACACACACACACACACACACACACACACACACACACACACGUGCUCUUUCCCAAACAUCCCCCACCUAAAGCCCCUGCGCACCCCCCCACACACACAGACACACAAACAUGCUACAGGAUAGACCGUCUGUGGUGUAGCAUGUUCUGGUUGAUCUUGCAGCUCUGGGCUGUAAACGUUGGGAUUUGUAGUCCUUUUUGCGCUGAAUGUGAAGACAGAUUUUUUUAAUUCUCAGCUGUAAACAUGGCCGAUGGUGUAUCGAACCUUGCCAAAUGUACGUGUAUAUAGUUAUUUAUUGUUUACCGUUCGAAUACCACUGACAUGUUGGUUUAUAGUAAUCCAGCCUUCAGCAUGUACUCAGAUUUCUCUGCUGUGAGCCAGGUUGAGUUGAGUUGUAGCAUUUUGCUGACACACAGUGAAGUUGGAAUACUGGAAAAGAAAAAUACAAACAGUGGUUAAUCUUAAUAUACAUUGGAGAAAGAAACUCUUCUGAGCUUCUAUGGGUGUGUGUCGAGCUUCUGAGUUCAAGGGGAGUCUCGGUGUAGUGAGCUGGAUUUCAGGCGGGUUGGUUUAGAAUUUUUUGGACACUGAUUUGUGACUUGCAGCGUGGUUAAAGCUGUAUAUCAAGUGAACCAGGGAGCGCUGAGAGACCACGCCCAGUUUUUUUUUUAGAUGAUUGUAAGUUGUGUUCCAGCUAUCAGCAAUAUCUCGUUUCCUGACUUUGAAUGGAAUAUAGCAGAGUCCCCCUUUUAGCACAUAACUGAUUACUUUCCUAAGUCAUAGAUUUACUUUUGUUGAUGCAAAGUGGCGGAAAUCAAAUGUUAACUGUAACAACACUGCACAGAAUCCAUGACUUGGAGGUCUGUCUCUACUCUCCACAGAUAAUGCAAAUGAAAUUUGACAAUAUUUCCCAUAUUUCUAUUCAAAGCCUUGUAGCAACUGAUUAUGUAAUCAUUUAUAA